AUGUCGUCGCAGAUAUCUGUUCUCACGAGCACGACAAGGCUAACCUGCCGCCGGGACUUCCCCGUUUGGUACGACGCUCUCUACGCCGAAGCCGACGCAGCAGACGUCUGGGAUCUCAUAGACCCAGACGACACUACGUCUCCGUCAGACCCAAGAGAGGACGAUGAAGAACUCUCGAUCGAAUCAUGGAUCACGCAGCAGAACGAAAAGCAGCGUAGAACCUAUGAUCGGAAGCGGAAAGCCUACGAUUCGAUUCUCCAGCAUAGGGCAGAAGCGAGUGACGAUACAGGGGAAGAACUCCAGGAGCCUGUAGCACAACCAACUCUCACGCAAAACACGCCCGGGACCUUUGAAAGAUAUACGAACUACCUCGCUUCAAAAUCAGGCCGCGACGUCCUCAAAACUCGUCGGGAGCGGGACUUCGACUCUAUUCAGCGUUAG